AUGGGGCCGAAAAUCCAGCAUCCAACAAACAGCACCACGGCGGCGGCUGGCGGCGGAUUCCAGCGGUGGAACUCGCCGGUUCCAUACCUGUUUGGUGGUUUGGCUCUGGUGUUGGGCGUCAUAGCUAUGGCAUUGAUAAUUUUGGUUUGCUCUUACAGGAGUCCGUCGUCUGAAUCGUCGGAAGAGAAGCCGGAGAAAAGCGUGCACGCUUUACGCUCUGAGAUGGAGCCCAGAAUAGUGGUGAUCAUGGCCGGAGAAACCAACCCCACCCACCUCGCGAAACCGCUGGGCGCCGCCAGACGGGUUGAGGAAGUUUGA